AACAAGGUGAGAGCCCCAGCGACUUCAAUCAACUGACGCCUACAUGGAGAGAAUAGACCGAAAACCUGUAUCACUGAGUGGCGUAUUGGAGAUAGAGAAAAAAUCACAAUGGUCUAUACCCCGGCUUUGGUCCUCGGACACGGAAUGCUCAUUAUGUCUGUAGAGGAUAGCGUAGUCGAGCGAAAGUUUCUCUAUCAAAUCACAUCGAGCAACAAAAAAGAUACGCGUCGGGGCAGCCUUGAAAGUUGCGAAUUCAUCAAGGAAAGGAACUCCUCAAGUCUGGACUCUGAAAUUACUCUCGACUGUGAGGAGAGAAUACUCCAGCAGGACAUGACCAGGCAGAUCGAGGGUUGUCUCUCUGAAGCUAAAGAAUCGAAUCUGCGCUGCCGGGUGCUGCUGCUUCCCCGCCCGCUGACCGCCAAGGUUGCCCGGGACGUGGUGCACUCCUCAGUUGGAGAACCGUGUGGGCUCCGUGGGGCCUUCAUACAGGUUUAUUUGGAGACACAACAGGGCCUGCAGACGCUGGGUACUAUAUCACCCGACCCCACCGUCACUCCUACCUUCGAGCUGUCCAUAGUGUUCAAACUGGACAAAGAUGGUUGGCCUCCUCUCAAACACAUGUUCGUUACCGACAAGGUGUUGAAACUACGACCCCAGUACCGGCUGGUCAAGAAUAAAUUGUAUUCCUCCGCGAGCCCUGUCAUACACGAGUUUUGCUGAGAUAGAUAAUUUCUGAUCAGGGAUCAACACGUGGCAUAUGUUUCUACAUUCCUUUUUAGGAGAAAAAUCUCAGCACUACUUUGUUGUUUUUCUUGUGUACUUAAUGCAUGUCAAUGUACACCUGUAUUGGAGUUUUGCACAGUAUAUGCACUGGAAAAUCACUGGAACAGUCAGCUCAAUUGUGAAAAGAAAUAUACUUAUGUGUAGGUGACAAGGAGGGAAUGUUACCCUAUAUGUUUUGUAUGGCUGAAAUUUGAGUUGACCUAGUUAGAAAAAAAGCACAGAAUGCAUGUUACCUUGCUGGUUCUAGCAGGGGGUGAAAUGUGUUACAGUUCUGUACAAAUGUAAGAUCUUCAUUUGAGCCAGUUUGCUACAGCAGGAAAAUAAUCCUGCAGCAACAGGAAAUGUGGAUUAUAAUUAAUGGACAGUUUUGUAAGGGUUGAUACAUCUUUCGUAGGAGAAAAUCAUGUCUGAAAUUUCAAAGUGGAAAUUAAACUUCAGAAGCCCUUUUAAAUCUCAAAUACACAAGUAAACCUUUUCCUGCAUUGCAGGGUGAUCAUAUUAAGAUCCUACAUCUGUACAAUGUAACAGCCAUAGGUUGUUUUUUUGCAACCGACUUGCACAAUUCCUUUGUAAAACCAUGGAAACCUCAUGUUGGCUGUGAAGGCAGCGGGAAGGCAAGCUGGUAUUGCCCCUAACCCUGAGUCCGAAUGUUUCUGUCUUGCAGUAUUGUUAAACUGAAAUAAAAUGUUUUUGCACAGUA